UUAAAGUUUCCUCUGAAUUCAAUCACUGCAAACAUUUGUACCUCCAUUUGAUGUAACUAUAACUCUCAAGCCUUGCCCUUUUUGUCACAACAAUCAUAUAUAUUUGUCGGGUUUUAUUUAUUUUUCUCACGUUUGAACUUAUUCUGUCAAUAAUAUAAUGGUAAACCAUUGUUAUAUUAUAUAGUGUUAAAGAAUGUGAAAGAUUAGAAUAGUGUGUAGAGUUGAUGAAACAAGGGAAAUGGAUGGUUUCCAUUUAGGCCAGGAAGAAGCAGGUGCAGUUGCUACAAGAGGAGAAAAGAGAGAAAAUGAAGAUUGUUCUUGGUCAUCAUCAUAUCCACGUGUUCAGGCUCAACAUAGGCGUUCGAAGAGUGCCUCAGACAGAGAUUUGGAUGUUUCAAGAGAUGGAGUUCUGCAGCCCGAGGAGAAACAACAGAAGGAAUUACAUGCAUCUGCAUUAUCUACUAGGGCUUAUAGGACUCCAGGUCCUUGUCUUGACCGGUCUGCUUAUAGAAACAAAAAUCCUUCGUUGAACCAGCGAGCCUCUUUGGAGAAAGAUAUUGAACUGCUGCAAUUACGUUUGCAACAAGAAAAAUCUAUGCGAAUUAUGCUUGAGAGAGCAAUGGGGCGGGCUUCAAGCACUUUAUCUCCAGGACACAGGCAUUUUGCUGCACAGACAAAAGAAUUGAUAACUGAGAUCGAGUUACUUGAGGAAGAGGUUGCAAACCGUGAGCAACAUGUACUCUCCCUCUAUAGGAGCAUUUUUGACCAUUGCGUUAGUCGGCCCCCUUCUGGGCAAAGCUCGGGCAAGGCUUCUCCGGCUCGUACAAAACAUACAUCAAGGAAACACCCGAGUAUUAUUUCAAGUGCAUUUUGUUCAUCAAAAAAGUUUCCUCUGAGGCCUUUGCAAGCUCUAGUUUCCACUAAUGACUCAGGGAAAAGAACCUCUAGAAGUAUUGAUGCUUCACAGUUCUGUGGAAAAAGUGACAUUCUAUUUGACAUGUCUUGUUCAUACCCAAUUAAGGAGAAGGUUCAGGGGAUGGAGAAAAACUCAGUUCUGCGAACCCUGAAAGAACAACUUUACCAAUGUCCAAGCAAGUUGUCUGAGGAGAUGGUCAAGUGUAUGGCAGCAGUAUAUUGCCGGCUUCGUAGUGCAACAUCUCUGAAUUCCGAGAAAAACCGAUCACCUUUAUUGUCAAGGUCAUCAACUGAUGUUGUGCUACCUAGACGCAGCUCUGGAGAGGACCAGGAUUUGUCUUGCACAUCCAAUAUUGAGAUAUCUUGGAUAUCAACGGAUAAGAGCCAAUUUUCUCGUGCAUCUAUUGCCAUUAGCAACUACAGAGCUCUAGUAGAACAGCUAGAAAAGGUGACAGUAAGCCAGAUGGAAUAUAGUGCUCAGAUUGCAUUCUGGAUCAAUGUGUACAAUGCCCUUAUUAUGCAUGCAUAUUUAGCAUAUGGAAUUCCCCACAGUUCUUUGAGACGGCUAGCCUUGUUCCACAAGGCUGCAUACAGCAUUGGUGGCCAUAUCAUAAGUGCAAAUGCCAUAGAGCAAUCAAUAUUUUGCUUUUGCACACCUCGAAUCGGACGGUGGCUAGAGACCAUCCUCUCUACUGCUUUAAGGAAAAAAUCUGGUGAAGAAAGGCUAUUUAUCAGUUCAAAACUCGGUCUUCCAUAUCCUCAACCACUUGCCUGCUUUGCUCUUUGUACUGGUGCAUUUUCUGAUCCUGUGCUAAAAGUUUACACUGCAUCAAAUGUUAAAGAAGAGCUGGAAGUUGCAAAAAGAGAGUUUCUUCAAGCAAAUGUAGUUGUGAAGAAGUCAAAGAAAGUAUUUCUACCAAGAGUAUUGGAAAGGUUUGCAAAAGAAGCCUCUAUCAGUUCAGAUGAUAUCCUGAAUUGGGUUGCUGAAAAUGUUGACAAGAAGCUCCACAAUUCGAUACAGAAAUGUAUUGACGGUAAAUCGAAGAAGAAAUCAUCGCAGGUUAUUGACUGGUUGCCUUAUAAUUCAAGUUUCAGGUAUAUUUUAUCAAAGGACUUAACAGAGAAACCAUGGUGGGUAUGAGUUUGACCGGUUGCCAGACAUUUAAACAGGUUUCUCAACAUCGUGUAAGCAUUGUAACACGGAUUGUGGCCGGAGGUGAGGUAUCCGGUCAUCUUUACUUGUAAUCACGUAACCAUUUCAUUGUAUAUCCUAAUCUUUGUUAGAUUUGUAAAAUAAAUCUGAAAUAAAACUUAAUAAACUAGGAUCUAUCAUGUUAAAUCAUCAAGAAUAAAUCAAAAACAAAACUAAAUUAACACAAGAAAAUUCAGAC